CUUCUCUUCAGCUUCAAACAAUGCUUCAAAGCAAUCAAUCUGUGGCAUCACUAACAAAACUCCGAAUUAUGAAGAGAAAAACAUCAAGCCAACCUGCAUCAUCAACCCCUCCAUCAUCUCCACAUCAAUCUCCCCAUUUCCCCGUCAAACUGAACUCCAUAUUUGCUUCCAAAAAACCCAAAAACAUACUCAAGAAUUCUCCUGCAAUCACCACAAAAGCCAGCGGGGAAUGGGUACCAUUGAGUAUUGGAAAAUCAGAGCUUUAUUUACCUCUUACUUUCCCCACAGGCCAAACAUUCAGGUGGAAAGAAACUGGCCCACUUCAAUACACAGGUGUUAUUGGGCCCCACUUGGUGUCACUGAAGCAGCUUGAGAAUGGUGAUGUGGGUUACCAUUUUCAUCAUACAGAGUGUGAGGAAAGUGCAAGAUUGGCGCUUUUUGACUUUCUGAAUUUAGGGAUUUCUUUGUCUGAAAUUUGGGAGGAAUUUAAGGUGUCUGAUUUGCGGUUUUGUGAGCUGGCAAGCUAUUUGGAGGGAGCCAGAGUGCUUAGACAGGACCCUCUUGAGUGUUUAAUUCAGUUUAUUUGUUCAUCGAAUAACAAUAUUGGGAGGAUUACUAAAAUGGUUAAUUUUUUGUCUUCUUUGGGGAAGUAUUUGGGGAAUGUUGGAGGGUAUGAUUUUCAUCAGUUUCCGGAGAUUAAUCGGUUGGCUAUGGUUUCUGAAACAGAGCUCAGAGAGGCCGGUUUUGGUUACAGGGCAAAGUACAUUAUAGGUACCGUAGAGGCUUUGCAAUCAAAACCCAGCGGUGGUCUGCAAUGGCUUGCUGCUCUUCGUAAACUAAAUCUUGAAGAGGCUGUUGAUGCUCUUGCUUCGUUACCUGGAGUUGGUCCCAAGGUGGCUGCCUGCAUAGCACUCUUCUCUCUAGAUCAACACCAUGCUAUUCCUGUUGAUACGCAUGUGUGGCAGAUUGCAACGCAAUACCUCAUCCCUGAGCUUUCAGGCACCCGUUUUACACCAAAACUUUGCAGCCGCGUGGCAGAUGCUUUUGUGUGCAAAUAUGGGAAAUAUGCUGGCUGGGCCCAAACUCUACUUUUUAUUGCUGAGUUACCUUCACAGAAAGCAAUACUGCCUUCAAGGUUUUGCGAUGCUGAAAAAGUUAAGCCUGCCAAGUCAAAAGAAAGGAAAAAGGGGGCGCACAAUGCCAGAAGUAGAAGUAUGGAUGGAAAUGAAAAUGUAAUGUAGCAACAGCGAGGCAAGAGUAGCACCAUAUCUGUCUGUUCAAAACACUCUGUUGGUAUCUAGAUUCUACAGCUAUCACAUCUGAAGGGGAGGUAGAUUCUAUUUGAAGAGUAUUAUUAUUGGACUGAGAUUGAUGAUUACCCAAGAACAACUUGCGACAAGUAUUCUUUAAGCAUCUACUUCAUAUAAACAUUGUUCCUUUAAUGACUGAUAUGCUAUUUUAAGUUUCAAUUUUUACACUGAUGUUCCAAUUUGAGGGACUGAUAAUCAUCCUCCUAAUUACCCAAUUUGACUAAAUGUUGUGUUUAAAUAUUUACUCUUGAGGAAAUGAUUACAAGUUCUACAAAGUGGUGUGGGUUUUUUCCGUAUGUUUUCAUUGAUAGUGCAUAUUAUUCAACAUCAGAGAUAAUAGCAAUAGAGACUUCUAGCUAAUUGGAUUAGCAUAUGUGAUGAUCAAAUUGGUUCAUGGUAAAUGUUCAAAGCACUGAAAGAUUCCCUAAAGGUAAUGAAUGAGAUUACAAUUAUUCAAACCUUUCAUGUUUUACACUCUUAGAUAAGUUUUUGCUCUUUAUGCAUCUCAAAAAAUGUUAAAUGUAGCCACAAAACUUUCCCUUUUUGACAUCUUAGUAAAACUUUUUGGGUGCACUAUACUAAUUUAAGUUCCCUACAUUGCGGAGUGCAAUACACAGCAAUUAUUAUUAUUAUUUUUUUUUGGAAGAUGAAAUUGAAUCCCAUGAUUUGCAUUACUUUAGUAUUUCGGAGGCUUUUGCAGUUGGUGCAACAACAUUUUGUGUCUAUAUUUCCUUCUAAUCUAGAUCAGUACACAGAAAUAGCUUUAAAGUUUAAAGAUAAGUAUAAAGAUAUAUAGUAACAAAAUACCAGGUCUGGUAUGGAGAGCUAUCAGCUGCGAGGAAUGAGACCCAAUACCUACAUAUACUCUGGCCAUUGAUCCAUGCUUCACCUUUACCCAUGCAGCCAAGGUUUACUGCUAAAGGAACAUCAAACAUAAUCUGUUGUUUCCAAUCAAAUGAAUUUCUUUCAAAUCGCGUACAACUCAAACUAUAUGUGUUUCAAGAAAACAUGGAUGAGAGAAAAAAAAAAGAGAGAAGGAUUUGAACUGUUAGUAUUAUUUUUUGACAUGCGAUAAGAUCAUAAAAGGUGCAUUGAAGCUUUGAACUUUUAGAUAAUGGACUUUUCUUUACAGAAUGAUCUUAUAUUUUGUAAAUAGAUUUAAAGAUCAAUAUUGUGCUCUAAUAAUGGGUUUUAUCUUAGUGGGGUAUCUUCACAUAUGGGAAUCUAUGAUUUCACUCUACUGGUCUACUGAGUCAAACUUCAUCACUGGUACAAUUGAUUUCUUGUUACCUGUUCCAAAGUUUUCACUUACUAUGAUUAAUUCCUUUGUGAUGGUGCAAUGGCAGUAAGACUUUUCUUUUAUACAAUAUGGAAUACCUUUUAUCUGUAUAUGGGGAGGAAAUGGGAAACCUAAUCAUAGUGAAUAUGUUUUUACUUCCACUAUUGCUUCCUUCUGCAAUUAAACAAGGUUGGGAAAUAGGUGAAAGUGCUCUGCACAAUGUUUAGACCAAAGAUACAUUCAUCUAGUGAAACCUUUUUUUUUUUGCAGUUAAGAUGUUUUGUGACAUUUCCAAAUGAUAAAAUUAAAAGCUCCAAAACUUGCCUGGGUGGUGUUGAAUGCUACGGUCUUGUAAUCAGGUAAAAAUAAAAGCUCUAAAUUGAUGUUUGAGGUAGUUCAUACGAAGGAUUUUGGAACUGCACCACCAGUUAUGUUGCAUUGUCCUUGUUCACAAGGAAAGCUCCACAGUGACUCUGCAUUGCAUAUGUUGGGCCUGUGUCAAUUAAGUUGAUCAGUAUUGUGGUGUAUUUAACAUCUGAUGAAUAUUUUGUUGAUUUUAUUCUUCCAUUUAUUUCCCCUUAGCGGGAGAGUUGAAAUGGAUAACCAGGUACUGUCAUGGUUGCUAGCUUCAGAGAAAGCUCAAUAUGGAAAAUGAGAUAACCUCCAUCUGAAAAAAAAUGAAGUUACUAAUCUUUCUUAUUGCUAACCUAAUGGUGCUAUGGUUGUUAUCUAGAGAGUAUUGUAUGUGAGGAUAGCUUUAUUGCUGCAUGUUACUCCUUGAGGUGGUCCAUAAGUUUUGCUUGUUACUGGAAUCUAAUUAUACCGUGAGAUUGGAUUGCCUACCAUAUUCAUCAAUAGGAGCUUGAUCAUAAUAAAUUGUGAUUAUACUUACAAAAAAAAAAAAUUGUGAUUAUGUAUUAUGAUGCUGUUCUGCCAAUAUUGGUACCUCCAUAACCCUAGAGCACAACUAACACAACCAACCAUGUUACAUCAAACUUUUGGUACUAUGAGCUAUAAUUGAUUAACAGUAUAUCUAAAUUAAGUGGACGAGAUAAAAUGGAUUUUCAUUCCAUAUCGUUAUGGAUGAGAUAAAAUGGAUUUUCAUCGUAAAUCAGGUGAAAUGGUUUACAUAUCACUCCUUCAAGAUGGUGGAGGGGUGGAAGUCUUGUGAGAUUGUUUCUGUCUCUCAGCCUGUACUAGUUUAUAAAGCUUCUGUUCUUCCUUGGUAUUAUUAAAGCAUUGAGUGUAAUAUCUUGUGCUGAUCCAUAGACUUGAUAACUUCAAGCCAAAACAGAAAACUAAUUCUCAGGAUAUCUUGUUACACUCAAUCAUCUAUGCAUCUAUACACUGACCCUUAUGGUUUGAUUUCUUACAGACUUGUCCAAAUCUGUCCAGAUUGAUGGUGUGUUGGGCGAAUUAGACCCUAUUAAUGUCACUCGACAUUUCCUCCCCUUAUCGUGUUUUAUCUGCAAAUUUUGAAAACCUGAGUUUGUUCAUUUUGCAGAGGCAGUGGAACUGCAACGGUAGCCCCUUUUGCAUCAAUCUUAAUACUGUGUGAAAAGAUGAUGCAUUCAUGAAAAGAAUACUCAUGCUUCACACGUUAAAAAUUUGUCAAGCCAUACAUUAAAUGUUCGUGUUGUUUAGAAAUGCAUCAUUAAUAUAGACUAGCUAAGAUUGGCCU